CUGGCUAGAAAAGGGCAGGCGAUGGCUAGCAGUAUAAUGUCAUUCAGUGCCACACCACUUUCUCUAGAGUCAAGGAAUACAGUGGGUGGAAUCACACUGUCCUCACCUACAAAAGUUCCUAGAGUUGGCGUAGGUAGCUCUUCUAUGGUGGUCACCUUGAAGAACGCAUUGGGACACCAGGUCACAGGUACCUCCACUGCAAAUGACAUACAAACGAUUGGCAGAACAGCUUUGCCCAUUCAUAGCUCAAGAUUCACCACGUCCAGUAAUUCUGAUGUUCCUGCAUAUCCGUCAUCUGUCCUGGAGACCAAAUCCAAUCAGGCACCUCCAAUAUUUUCUGCUACAACUACGCUGUGGACCCUUCAAAGAACUCUUCCAGUUGAGUCAAAAACUACUUGUAGGAACUUCUCUUGCUCAGCAAGUACCUUCAUACCACCUCAGAAUAUAUCAGCUCAAAGUAUGACUUCCCAACCGUUCUUCACUCAAAAGUUUUUGAUUAGUAUCUUGGGGACAAUGGAGCCCAAGAAGAAGGGGACCCUUGCUGAUGCCCAGGUGUCCAGAUCAGAAGAGAGAUAUACAACCACAUUACCCAGAACAGAAAUUGUGACUGGAGCCCAAAACGAUGACACUUCCCAGCAGCCCAGAUCCAAAUUCACGAACUCCUUGUUGGACCAGUCAGUGAAAGAGAAUUUGACCCUUGGCAAAUCAGCUUCAACUGUUCCAUCAGUGCGCAUUCUGUCUUUGUGGUUUCGUCUCAUCAAAAUAAAAUACACAGACUUACUGAUGAACAAGUCUUCUGAAAGUUACAAGAAACUGGAAAGAGAAAUUAAGUUAACGUUAAAGAAGAUGUUGUCUACCUAUGAGAACUUUCUGCAAGCAAGGGUUCUUCGUUUCGUGAAUGGAUCUGUCAUCGUGGAGAGCCAGGUGGUCUUCCAUGCAACAGGCCUUCUUCCCACCCCGUCUGACAUCAUACGGACAAUUGUGACACAAGUUGAGAGCUGGAGAAUAGAUGCCUUUUUUGAUUGGAGGAUAGAUGUGAGAUCUUUGCACUCAAAUGGUUUCAGCCUGAAAAAUCUAGAACCUGAGAACUUGGCUGUAUCUUUCACUCUCCUGGAACUGGGGUCCGUAUCAGCCUUUGAUGACAAGAAAGACCUUGUCCAAGAACACUUGGCUAGACUGAAAAGCCAGAUAAAACUACUGCUUGGAACCCGAUAUGCAGUUCAUUUGAUCUCCCUUGUUGAUCAUAGAAAUAUCCAAGGGGAUGUUGAUAUAAAUGGAAAUAUCUUCAUCAAGAGCGAUACUCAUGUGGAUGUUGGCUGGAUGCUCAAAGCACUGAUUGGCCUUUCAAACAUCUCCGUGGACCUCAUUUCACUCUCCAUCAAUGGUUCAAAGCUCAGUCUUCAGGUCUUUCCAGUUUCCUUCUUGAUAACCAACAGAGUGUUCAACAAGAAGAUGUUGGACCGUUCUUCUGUAGAGCAUCAGAACCUUGCAAAGGAUCUCUCUGAUACGCUGGCACGUAUACUUGGCAAAUAUGAAAAUCUCCUUCAAGUGGCAAUCCGUAACAUCACAGGGGGUUCUCUCGUUUGUUACGGAGAUGUGAUAUUCCAGCAACCAGCGCCAAGCAACAAGGAUGUCCUCCAGACUCUGACGUUUUCAGUUGACCCAAAGGAUUACCUAGAUUCCUCUAGUUUUCAAGUGGAUCGGUUUUCCUUUACUGUGGCAGGUGUUGGGCUGGAGCCUUCUUUGAAAAAACCAGGUGUCCCUGUGUAUGCUGUGAUCCUCAUCAUUGUGUGUCUCCUUGCUGUAAUAAUUGUCCCUACCUUCUUUUGGCUGCCCAAGAGACUUGCCCGUCAUGGCAAGAUUACAAUUAACAAAGUGCCUGAUGCUGGAGUGGAUGUCGAAGCAUUUGAGCUGGAUAACCCAGGAUAUCAAGCAAUUAUUGAAGAGGGAGAGACCAAGAACUCCUGCAUUGUCAUGGAAACCUUUGACUAAAGAGAUGAUGGUUUAGCCCACCAAGAGAAGCCAUUUUAAUCCAUCCUGAUUUCAGGAUCUUUUCUACAGUGGUGACUCUUGAAGGGCACAAACCAAUGAAUUGCCAACAUUGUUGAAAGAAAGUUACUGGUGAUUCCCAAAUAAGAGUUACUCCUACUGAUCUAAGGUGAAUCUUCCUGUAUCUGUAUUUCCUGUAUCUUCCUGUAUCUUCAGCAAAAUUGAAAGGGUAUUGGAAUAUCAGAACUGGAACAAAAAUGCCACCGUUUCUCUUUGUCAAUGCCCCAAUUCCUCACUGGACAAUUUCUUAGAUUGAAAUCCAAGUUUUAUUCCAUGGAAAAUUCUCUUAAAACCAGACAUGUCAGAGGCAACUGGUUUUUGUUUUGUUUUGUUAGGAGCUUUUAAGGAAAGGCAGCUGGGAUGCAAAGUUCCACUUUCCUGUUGCAUCUGUGGGUGGAUGUCCACACUCGGAUGUUUUCUCCCAAACUAGCAUCCCAGCGUCUUUUAUUAUAAUAAGUUGGAUCUUUUAAACUAUGUCUUUAACGUAUUUGUUGCUAUCUUUGUGUGAAAGAGAAGGAAAUGAUUCUGUUUUCCCUAUUUUUUUUUUCAGAUAUAAAAGUUUAACGUUGGGGGGGGGAGGAGGGGAAUUGUGUUUAGUUAGAUUUUGAAUUUUGGGGAAGUAGAAAAAAUAAUCGCCUUUGGUUUAAGUGCCCGAUGGUUGAAUUUCAACAUGUACAAAACUGGAAGCUGUGAAAACGUGAAUCUUUCAGGAAACUGAAGGAAGGUGACACCAUAGUUUUUUUAUGUUUCUCUUUUUUUAAAAAAUGUGGUAGGCUGUGCAGACCAUGAAAAAAAGAAUCUGAAUGGCUGGUUGGAUUUGAAAAAUUGAUGGGAGGAUUCCAAUCAGUUCAGGACAGUUGACCCCCUUUGUGUCUAGGACCUUUUCUGUACUCGCACCGAAGUAGCCUGGCAGAUUUGGAGACAUCCCAUUUAAUUCUCCAAAGGGAUGAGUCGAUGCACAGAUUGGAUGGCAUGGACUCCAAAUUCAAUCUUUGCAGAAUUGGAACAAGGCACGUGCCAGGUUCCUCACUGCCAGUCUGAGCUGCAUUUCCGUCUUCCUCUUUUUGACCUCCUAAAAUAACCUCCCAACUGAAACCUGAGUCUCCAAAGUUGCUUUUUUAGCACCCAUUGAACCUUUAGAAAUCUUUUAUGUCCAGUGUACUCUUUAGAAGCCAGCAGACCCAAAUGGCAGAGGAACCAACAAAGGCAGAGUGGAGGUUUUCGUUUUAUAAUUGCAGUAUUGUGAUGAUGUGGAUAAUUGGUAGCUGAUGUUUUAAACUUCAUUUUAUCCCUGGCUUGACAAUUUUCCUAGCUCAGUUGCCUUACUGUAUUCUGCUGCUCGCAAUGUGUAGCUCUCUAGGGACGGUCCAACUACGGCUCCCAUCAGGCCAGGAAGGAUGGGAGUUGCAGUCUAAGCAAUCCCUGAAGUGUCACCGUUGCUGCGUCCAUUCUGCAUUUUUGGGAAAAGUGAAAUAGCCACUUUGCUGAGUUGCAGUUCAAGACAGAGGCCAACGCUUUUUAACCGCUGGGGUUUUUCAUUUAUUUUCCCUGGUGUUUCACUGCCCCCCCUCCAAGUUCCUUAGUUUCACCAUCUGGUGGGCUUUUGUGGUUUUAAUAGCAAGCAAGUCAAACCUGCCUGCUGAAGUUGACUCAGUGUACUUCCUCCAGGCUUCUAGUCACCGAAAGAUUUCGUUGUAUUAAAAUUUAAUUCUGAAUAAAUUGUAAGAAAUGACCUUCGCCUUGCACUGUGCUUUGAGUAUCUGGAGCGGGUAGCCCUAGAUUUUGGGACUAGGCGGGAUGUGGCUACAGAUGGCUAAGAAAGAUUUUUCUCUGAAAUCCUAGGAAAUUAACAGAAUAACACAGUUGGAAGAGACUUUAGAGAUCUUCUAGUCCAACCUCCUGUUCAAGCUUGAGAGCUUAUACCAUUCUGGGCAAAGGGCUGUCUGAUCUCUUCUGGGGAAUUCUGGGAAUUGAAGUCCACAAAUCUUAGAAGAUGCAAAGUUUGGAGAUCCCUGGUCUAGUGGUUAAAGAACCAGAUUGGAGAGAUUUUUAAAGGGUGACUGCAGGAUAUGGUUAAAAAAAAAUAGAAGAAGAUGGAACAAAUAGAAAAUUGAUGGAGCUUUGAUUACCACUGCCAUUUUGACUUAUUUCACCAUAUCCUUGGUUGGUUAAAGAGAAGUAACCAGCCUGAGCAGAAAAGAUAGUAAUUCUCAUCAAUUUCUCCCUAAACAGAAUAACAGAGUUGGAAGGGACCUUGGAGGUCUUCUAGUCCAGCCCCCUGCUC